AUGGAGCCAAGUCUUAAUUUCAUAUGCCAGCCCUCCAUUGUUGAGAAGGGAGUCAACUUCAAGAAGCCUCCCAUCAUCAUCAAGUUUGAGAACUUCCCCGCUGGUUACAGCUAUUUCUCGGCAAAAAUCUGCCUCAAGGAUGAGAAUAAUGUGAUUUAUGUAAACGAUUGCCUUGGUGGUCAGACUAUGGCGUCCCCCAUCUUCGACGAGGUCAACAACGCAUGCUACUUCAAGAUCCGGCACACCAACAUCAGUGAAAAGGGAAAAUACUGUGUCGAGGUCCAGGUGUUCGGCAUUCCUCUGAACCCAGAGCAUGGGCAGGUCUAUAUCACCGACAACUGCUCCGCCCCGAUCAAGGCCAUCAGACACGACCCGAAUGUUCGCCUCAACAGCGAGGAGAAGGAGUUCCUGAACUACAUCAAGUCUCUGGAGUGA